GAGAGGGGGGUGUCCAAAGAGGAAAACCCUCUCCCUUUAAGAGCAAGUGGGACAUAGCGGUGCGAGAAAAGGAGAGGAGGGGGAGAAGAAAGAGGAAUUAAAAAAGAAAAGGAAGAAAGAGACAGGGAGGGAGGAGGGAGAGCGGGCGAUAAAAAAAGAAAGAUGACAUCCUCGCAGCUGAGCGGCCGAGGUGGAGCGAUAGGCUGCGGCCGGCCGAGAGCGCCUCUCUCCGGGGUCAGAGCGUGAACCAACAGCGAGGCUUCGACAAACACCCGAUUGGCCUAUUGGGGGGAAAUCGGAAAAAAUAGAUUCAUAAAUUAAAAACAAAGCAUGACCUGCUGUGCUGCCAGAUACGUGUGUUAUAACCCAUUUUUGUUCUCUUGCGUAAAAAACAUUUAUUUUAGUAUGUUUUUAGCGGAAGUGUGAUAGUGUAAUAUGCGAUUUUUGUUGUUUUUACCAAGCAGUUUUGUUGUGUGCGUUUUAGUGAGGUUAGUGUGCAGGGGAAUUAAAGUUAGAAACCAAAGUGACAAGAGAAACAGGCCAUUGGACCUGGCCUGCUCCACUACUGCCUGUGUGCUGCAGCCUGCGUUAGUCAACAGCUGCGUGCAUUUUAAUGGACAGCAUUAGGCUACCUCAAUGAGAAAAACAUAUUUUUGCAGACGACUUUAUUCACGUUUUUCACGCAAAUCCAGAAGCCCGUGGUUUCUGCUGCAGAACAGGCGACUGUGUGCGCCUCGAUCUCCGGUGGGCCGAUCAAAACCAUGCAAAGGCAGCCCUGCCCGAUCUCAAUCAGGACUUUAUAAUCUCCAUCGCUGUGGCGCAAAAUGGAUGCUGCUUGGAGCAAUUUUCUCUUCCAGAAUACUCCCACCCAAAACCAAGUGGAGGGGAGCCUCCAAUCAGAGCUCAUGCAAGUGCAUACGAGUUCUCCCCAAACCCCACCCACAGAGCACAUAGCACAGCCUCCUUCAACUGUGGACACUGCUGCUCUCAAUGAGGAACCCCUGCCUGGUGAGGGACACUGCACUGCAUCCUACACCUAUGGAGCUGAAAACAUGAAGCCUGUGUCCCGGCCGGGCCGCGUGCCCCACAUCUGUGCCAUCUGCAACAAGCAGUUCAAGAACAACUACAACCUGCGGCGGCACCAGUCGGUCCACACCGGGGUACGCAUGAAGGACAGGGCCAGAGAGCAGGCGGAGGGGGCAAAGGAGGGAGCCGCGGGCCAGGGGGCGGCGGUGGCCCCGUCGGCGAUGUCGGUGGGGGCCGGAGGGAGGGUGGAGAGGCCCACUGUUCCCCUCUCCCUGCUACACCUCUCCUCACCUCCCCCUCUCGCCCCUCCCGGCGUGCUGGCGGGGACCCUGCAGCCCCAGCUGGGUAGUCAGGAUGGUGAAGGGGGGGCCAUGGCUAACGUAAUGGCUAGUGUUAACCCCCACGCUCCGCCUCCUGCUGCUGUCGUCAUGGCCACAGGGGCGACAGUACAGCGACCCGCAAAUCCAAACCCAAACCCGGUGAGGAAGAACCACGCCUGCGAGACGUGCGGGAAGGCUUUCCGAGACGUUUACCACCUCAACCGCCACCGCCUGUCCCACUCUGACGAGAAGCCGUUCUCCUGUCCUAUCUGCCAGCAGCGCUUCAAGAGGAAGGACCGCAUGAGCCACCACGUGCGAUCCCACCAGGGAGGCGUGGAAAAACCCUACGUCUGCCCCCACUGUGGCAAAGCUUUCUCUAGGCCUGACCAUCUGAACAGUCACGUCAGACAGGUGCAUUCCUCGGAGCGACCCUUCAAAUGCCCGACCUGUGAGUCCAGCUUUGCCACGAAGGAUCGUUUGCGUGCGCACAUGAUCCGUCAUGAGGAGAAGGUCCCCUGCCACAUCUGUGGCAAGCUCCUGUCCGCUGCAUACAUCACAGAUCACAUGAGGGUGCACAACCAGUCCCAGCACCACGCGUGCCAUCUCUGUAACCGUAGCUUCACCACGCUGACCUACCUUCGAGUCCACGCCCAGAAGCAUCACGGCCAGGAGUGGAAAGACAGUCCGGGGGGCUUCGGCGGCACGUCCUCCGGCGGCAUUCUCGUCUGCCACUUGUGCGGCGUCCACUGCAAGACCCCCACCCAGCUCCAAGGGCAUAUGGGCACCCAUAGCAACAGCCAGGGUGCCCCGAGCCCCAUCAACUCUAAUGUGGGGGCCAGCAGCUCCGUCUCCCUUAGCAACAUGGUGACGGCUCCAACUGUUUAUGUCACUGGCAACACGGUGGUGGACCUGCUUGUCACAGACUGCUCGAGCAUCGCAGCGCCACAGUCCCACAGUUAGCAGCAAUAAUAACCUCAAACCUUUAACAGAGGGCAGGGUUGGAGAAGGUCAAAGUUACAGGUACAGUGGUGUGCAAAAGUGCUUGCCCCCUUCCUGAUUUCUUAUUUUCUUGCAUGUUUGUCACACUUAAUUGUUUCAGAUCAUCAAACUAAUUUAAAUAUUAGACAAAGAAGAAGAACAAAAUGCAGUUUUUAAAUGAAGGUGUUUAUUAUUAAGGGAAAAAGAAAAUCCAAACCCCUGUGUGAAAAAGUGAUUGCCCCCUAAACCUAAUAACUGGUUGGGCCACCCUCAGGACCAACAACUGCAAUCAAGCGUUUGCGAUACCUGGCAAUGAGUCUUUUACAGCGCUCAUUUUGUUUUUCUUAAGCCAUUCAGAGGUGGACUUGCUGGUGUGUUUUGGAUCAUUGUCCUGCUGCAGAAUCCAAGUGCGCUUCAGCUUGAGGUCACGGAACAGAUGGCUGGACAUUCUCCUUCAGGAUCUUUUGGUAGACAUCCGAAUUCAUGAUUCUAUUUACCACAGCAAGUCUUCCAGGUCCUGAAGCAGCAAAACAGCCCCAGACCAUCACACCACCACCACCAUAUUUUACUGUUGGUAUGAUGUUCCUUUUCUGAAUUGCUGUGUUACUUUCACGCCAGAUGUAAUGGGGCACACACCUUCCAAAAAGUUGAACUUUUGUCUCGUCAAUCCACAGAGUAUUUUUCCCAAAAGUCUUGGGGAUCAUCAAGAUGUUUUCUGGCAACACUGAGACGAGCUUUUAUGUUCUUUUUGGUCAGCAGUGGUUUUUUUAUUCUUGGAACUCUGCCAUGCAGGUCAUUUUUGCCCAGUCUCUUUCUUAUGGUGGAGUCGUGAACACUGACCUUAACUGAGGCAAGUGAGGCCUGCAGUUCUUUGGAUGUUGUUGUGGGGUCUAGUGUAACCUCUUGGACGAGUCGUCGCUGCGCUCUUGGGGUAAUUUUGGUCCGCUGGCCACUCCGGGGAAGGUUCACCACGGUUCCAUGUGUUCGCCCUUUUUGGAUAAUGGCUCUCACUGUGGUUCGCUGGAGUCCCAAAGCUUUAGAAAUUGCUUCUCCAGACUGAUAAAUCUCAAUUACCUUGUUUCUCAUUUGUUCCGGAAUUUCUUUGGAUCGCUGCAUGAUGUGUAGCUUUUGAGGAUCUUUUUGGUCUACUUCACUUUGUCAGGCAGGUCCUAUGUAAGUGAUUUCUCGAUUGAGAAAAGGUGUGGCAGUAAUCAGGCCUGGGUGUGGCUAGAGAAAUUGAACUCAGCUUUCCAAAGAUGUGAUAAACCACAGAUAAUUUAUGUUUUAACAGGGGGGGGGGCAAUCACUUUGUCACACAGGGCCAUGUAGGUUUGAAUCUUUUUCCCCUUAAUAAUAAAAACCUUCCUUUAAAACCUGCAUUUUGUGUUUACUUGUGUUAUCUUUGUCUAAUAUUUAAAUUAGUUUGAUGAUCUGAAACAUUUAAGUGUGACAAAUAAGAAAUCAGAAAGGGGGCAAACACUUUUGCACACCACUGUAGAUGUUUGUAAUGUCCCCACUCAUAGGUAAGGAUUAAAAGGUAGGGGGGAUUAACUCCAGUCAAGGGCAGUAUCACCUCAGAGCUUUAGAGCAUUUGAGGAAAAUGAACUGUAUUAAUAGCAAUGAAGUCACAAAACAAAUAGACCUUUGUGGCCGUAGCAAGGUUCAUUGACACUAACGACAAACAUGGAUGUGUUGUCCAAGUAUUCCUGGGUGCUCUUGGGCUUUUAAGACUCCAAUGAAACUGUGGUAUUGUGAGCAUCUACUGUAUUACUCUCUCCUCUCUGCCCCCCCCCCCCCCCCCCCUCUUUGUCCCUUUCCCUAAACCCUGGCAUUGGCUGCUCUCUGCAAGUGCACCAAGUACUGUAUAUGUCACACCAGCUCUGAUCUUACCUCCAUUUUGCAGCUCACUUACUAAGAAUCCAAAUGGCUUGCGUUAAGAAGUAGUAUGGAGAGAAUAGCUCUCGUAACAAACAAACAAACCAGUAGAAAGAAAAGUUGUGUGUUUGGGUGUGUAAGUCAGGGUUCGCCUAGCAUGCUAGCUUGUUUGUUCACAAAAACUAAAAAAAAUCAACAUUUGAUUUUGCUAAUCUGCAAUGGCAGAUUAUUAAGUCACUAGAGGGCUCAGGACAGGAGGCCAUACGUGUUGCGGUGGGUAUGGAAUCGUGGGAUGUACUUGUUCAUUUGUUUCUUAAAGGUACAGAGAUAAGAAUAGGGUUUACGUUCAGGAGUGUCAAGCACCUUAAAUCGUUAUUGUUUGAUUCAGUGAGGAUCAAAAUGGGUUUGAGAUUUCUUGGAUUUUCUUGCUCUUGAGUCUUCCUCUCUGGGUCUGGCCAUUAAAAUAAAAUAAAAAGACAAAAAAAGAAACUGCUAACCAACACUUCAGCUUCUGACAUGGCAAUUCUUGCACCAGAAAACUACCUUUUGCAUGAGAAUAAGCUAGCUCAGUCAUGCUUAUUAUUAGGGAGCUGUCAUGACAAAAUAAACUUUUUUGCAGUUCCACCUAGUUGGCUGUCAAACAAUAAUAUUUAUAAAAGUGUUGAUUUUUAUUCAGAGCAUUUUAACAUUGUCGGCCAUUCAUUUGAUUGUAACUGUCAUUGCCAUAGUCCGUUUAGUUUUCUCUAUGUCCAAUGAGUGAAACUUAUGCAUUAGGUGUAGUCAUUUAACUCUGUAUAGCACAUAACGCUCUGAACGCAAGUCAUUAUCGUUCUACAUUAAUCAUGUAAAGAAUGGUCAUUUGUCUUUGGUUGCUUUGAGUUGUAUUGUGAGUGACGUGGUGUUGAGGAAAGGGCUUCUAAAGUCAAAAGUACAACGCGAGUUCGAUAACACCACUUGGUAUGCUGUAAACUUUUCCUGGUUUUGUACUGGAGUGCUUUUUCAGUUUUGUGUUAUUAUGUUACCUUGAAGUUGUUUCUUUCUUCCUUUUCGUUUUCUUUUGGAAAUGUGUUCUUCCUGUUGAGAAAAAGUAGUGAUUGAUUUCAAAAGUUAAUUUUAGUUUUUCUCCAUCACACUAAGAAAAAAAUAAUACCUCUACCCUAGGAUUCUGUACAGCUCUUGUGAUACAUCUUAAUGCCUUAUCGUACUCAACUGCAUUUUAAUUCUUUUAUGAAGAAAUGUUUCAAAUCUUAGUCAUGAAUUCAUUAAGAAUAUUAAUGGGAUGUAUUUAUAUUUAUAUUUUUAUAUUUCUCAACAGUAUGCAUGUCUAAAAGGUUGUUAGAGCAAAAAAACGACAAUGCUUAAUACAGUCAUAAAUAUUAUGUUAUUUUGUAGAUGAAGUAGAGACCAUGUUAUUAUUUUGUAAUUUGGACAAUUUAAAGUAAAAAGAGUAAACGGG